CCGGGCCGUGGCGGCGCCUCAGCGCUGCGCUCUGCCCCGCGCAGGUGGUGGCGCGGGCGCGGCUCGCGGUGACUCCCCCGGGCCGGGGCGGCGGCGGGCGCUGAGCCCUCAGCCCGGAUGGAAACUGGGGGUGAUGCUAGAGCGGCACCUCGGCGGGGCAGCAGAGGCGGCGGCCGUGGCGGGGUUCCGGCGGCUGCCGAGCCCGGCGCUCCCCCGGCCGCGGAGACCGGCGUGAAUAUGGAUGGGCCCGGCGGCAGGGGGAGCGGGGCAGCCGCGGACACGGACGCUCCUGCAGCGCCGGCAGCCCCCGGGCCCCCCGCCCGCCCGCCGGCCCGCGGCCCCGGGUCCAGGGACCCCAAGCUGGUCCAUCAGCGGUUCCUGCGGAGGAGCGUGGUGGACUCGGACCAGGAGGAGCCUGCCUUCGACCUGCCCGAGGCGGAGCACCAGCGGAGAAUCAUCCUGCUCCCCAAAACCAGGAGGAUAAUCGCGGAGCGGGCGAAGACGGGGCAGGACGCGGCGGGCCGGGAGGCCGAGUGCUCCGGGGAGCCGCGGGCAUCGCCGGCCGCGGGCAGCGCCGCGGGUGCCGAGGAGCAGAAGGAGCCAGGCAAGGAUGCGGAGCGGAGAGAGGCGCAGGAUGCUGCCAAGGACCAGGGCAAGGCUAAGAAAGAGGAGCCUGAGGAGGAGGCUGAUAUGAAAGCGGUUGCCACCUCGCCGGACGGCAGGUUCCUGAAGUUUGAUAUUGAACUCGGGCGAGGAUCCUUCAAAACGGUCUACAAGGGUCUGGACACGGAGACGUGGGUGGAAGUCGCGUGGUGUGAACUGCAGGACAGAAAACUCACAAAAGUAGAGAGGCAGAGAUUUAAAGAGGAAGCAGAAAUGUUGAAAGGUCUACAGCACCCAAACAUCGUGAGGUUUUAUGACUUCUGGGAAUCCUGUGCAAAAGGCAAAAGGUGCAUUGUGCUGGUUACCGAGCUGAUGACCUCUGGAACGCUGAAGACGUACCUGAAGAGGUUUAAAGUGAUGAAACCUAAAGUCCUGCGGAGUUGGUGUCGGCAAAUCCUGAAGGGUCUUCUUUUCUUACAUACGAGAACUCCACCAAUAAUUCACAGAGACUUGAAAUGUGAUAAUAUUUUUAUUACUGGACCAACUGGAUCUGUGAAAAUAGGAGACUUGGGUCUGGCAACACUCAAAAGAGCUUCAUUUGCCAAAAGUGUCAUAGGAACUCCAGAAUUCAUGGCCCCGGAAAUGUAUGAGGAACACUAUGAUGAAUCUGUGGAUGUCUACGCGUUUGGAAUGUGCAUGCUGGAAAUGGCUACCUCAGAAUACCCUUACUCAGAAUGCCAGAAUGCUGCUCAAAUCUACCGAAAAGUAACCUGUGGUAUAAAGCCAGCAAGCUUUGAGAAAGUUACUGAUCCUGAAAUUAAGGAGAUAAUUGGGGAGUGCAUCUGCAAAAACAAAGAAGAAAGAUAUGAAAUUAAAGAUUUAUUAAGCCAUGCCUUUUUUGCUGAAGAUACUGGGGUAAGAGUGGAACUUGCGGAGGAAGACCAUGGUAGGAAAUCCUCUAUUGCCUUAAGACUCUGGGUAGAAGAUCCUAAGAAACUGAAAGGAAAACCCAAAGAUAAUGGAGCCAUUGAGUUUACUUUUGAUCUGGAAAAGGAAACUCCUGAUGAUGUUGCACAAGAAAUGAUUGACUCGGGGUUUUUCCACGAGAAUGAUCUCAAGAUUGUGGCCAAGUCCAUCCGUGACCGAGUGGCGCUGAUCCUCUGGAGGAGGGAGCGCAUCUGGCCCAGGAUGCAGUUGGAGGAGCGCCGCGACUCGGAGUGCCUGGACAAGCUGAAGGCGCCGCAGGCACAGCAGGUCCAGGUCACCUACCUGUCCCACACAGGCCACCACAUCCUGUCGGAGCCUGAGGAGCCAGAGGUGGACCAGCACCCCUUCCAGCAGAACCUGCCCACCAGCGUCACCUCUGUUGCCUCUGACAGCACAUUUGACAGUGGCCAGGGCUCCACGGUUUAUUCAGACUCACAGAGCAGCCAGCAAAGCGUCAUCUACUCGUCCCUGCCAGACACUGUCCCUCCUGCCAUCCAGAGGGUGUACAGCCCCCCCCUGAGUGAGGGCCAGCCUGUGCCCCACAGCCUCCCCCAGCUCAGCCACUACCAGCAGCCCUCAGCACCUGUCCUGCCCACGGUGCCAGCCACGCCUGCCGUGGUGCCCCAGCACUACCAGGAGCCCGCGAUGCCAUUCCCUGUGGUCCCCAGCACCGUGGCCUCGCUCCCGCUGGGGCAGCCGCCGCCGCCACCCGUGCUGGCCGGCCAGCAGCAGCAGCCCAUCUCGCAGGCAACCUCCCUGCAGCAGGUGCUCAGCAGCCAGCCUGUGUGCCCACUGCCGCCAGCCCCCCACCUGCUGCCGCCCUUCCCGGCGCAGGGCUCACAGGUGCCUGCUAGCAGCACCCCUCUGAAGCCCCUGCAGAUCUCCACUGUGCCACAGCUCCCGCCCGCGGCCCCUUCCCAGAUUCCUCAGUUUCCUGUCAUUCCUGCAAUUACUCCUCUGGCAGGACUUGACAGCCUUCCUCCAAAUCUGUCUGACAUCCCUGCUGCAAACGUGCCCCCCAUUCCUGCUCCCUCCCAGUACUUUGCUCCAGCCUUGAUCCUGCCCAGCCUGCCCAUGAACCCCACGCUGCCCAUGGCGCCUAACUCUCCUGCCCUGCCCAUGCAGGCUGUCAACCUGCCUCACACCACCGUGGCUUCUCUGGUCCUGCCCUGCCAGCCCAUCGUGCCAAACAUGCCGGCAGCCACCAUCCCGCUGCUGGCGGUGGCGCCACCGGGGGUGCCACCACUACCGCCACAGCCCGUGUUCCAGCCCGCCUUCCAGCCGCUGCUGCCCAGCGACACGCCCUCGCCACACCACGCGCCGAGCUCCCAGCCCGUGUCCCAGCCACAGCCACCUCCUCCAGCCCUGCAGCCCAGCAUGAUCCACCCUCCUGAGCCGGCUCACCAGCCUGUGCCUGGACACACUCAGUUUGCUCUGGAAGCUGGAGCCCAGGUGCCCGUGCUGCAAGUGCAACCCUCCAUGGUCAUGUCACCGCCGUUGCAGCUGCAGCCAGAGCUGGUGCCACCCUGCGUCGCUCCUGAAGGCGUUCCCCAGGUCCAUGGCAGCCUUGCCACAGCUGCCCCAUCCGCCCCCAUAGAGCCUGGCCUGCCUCUCCAGCCCUCUGCUCUGCUGCAGCUUCAGCCUGAUCUUUCCCAGCCACUGGGCCAGCAGCUCCCAGCUCCCUGCUUGGCUGUCACGGCAGGCACAGAGACAUCUCAAGAGGAGCAGGCAAUACAGGACAAACUCCAGGCUCUGUCCCAGAGUUGUGAAAGCUACAUGAGUACAGAUGUUGCUUCUGGUAAAGAGAUGAGUGACAGCUUGGAAGGAGCAACAGGAAGUGGAAAGCAAGAAGGAAAGUCAUCAAAGAAGCAUAAGAAAUCCACGCGUGCUCGUUCGCGCCAGGAGAAGUCCAACAGACCCAAACUGACCAUAUUAAAUGUGUGUAACACAGGGGAUAAGAUGGUGGAGUGCCAGCUUGAAACCCAUAACCAUAAAAUGGUGACGUUCAAAUUUGACUUGGAUGGUGAUGCGCCAGAGGAAAUUGCUACUUACAUGGUGGAGAAUGAAUUCAUCUUGCAAAGUGAAAAAGAGACUUUUAUUGAGCAAAUGAAGGAUAUCAUUGAUAAAGCAGAAGAUAUGCUCAGUGAGGAUACAGAAGGAGAGCGAAGUUCUGACCAGGGAGCAAGUCCCCAACAAGAUGCAGAUAGGCUAGAAAUAAGCGAGGAGAAGCGUCAGUCUCAAAUGAAGACACCUGUGUAUCAGCAAAAUGUUUUGCAUACUGGAAAAAGGUGGUUUAUUAUAUGUCCAGUGGUGGAAAACCCUACUACAGAUACCCCUGAGUUUUCUCCCCCAGUGCCUCCCAGUGCCCAGCAGACAGAAGGGCCAGACCCGGAGCAGUCAGAUGACCAGCCGGUGAGCUCUGCAGUGACAGAGGCACCUGGGCUCGGGGCUGACCAGCAGCUUCCCCUGCACACAGGGGUCAGUGACAGCCCCCUUGGAGCCACCCCGUCCUUGCCACCAGCUCCUGUUGCAGCAGUUCCUGCCAGCAUAGCAAGCCAGCCAGAGUUCCCAGCUCCAGCCCUGCUGGCAUCUGGCCCGAGCAUCGCAGAGCCUGCAAUGGCCAGCAGGGCUCAGCCAGAGUACUCCCAGCCUGGCCCCAUAACCCGAGCCGUGGGGCUGGAGGAGCCCCCCGAGACCCUGGCCCCGCACCUCCAGCCGCAGGCGGACGAGCCGGCAUGUGUGCCCGAUGUGGAGAUUGCCUGUUGCAGCGUGGGGCCGCCCGCGGCUGUGCCGGCAGCUCUGGGGCCGCUGCCCAUGCUUCCAGACGCCGCAGUGCUGGAGCGGCAGCCGGCGCCGCAGGGGCCGCACCUGCUGGAGGGCGGCCAGCCCGGUGCGGGACUCUUCGGCAUCCAGCCCUUCCCUGCGGCCGCCGGCCCUGACACCCUGGGCUUGGUGGGGUCCCAGCUCCAGAGCCCCACGCAGGUGCCGCUGGCCACGUCCCAGCAGCUGCCGAUGGCACAGGGUAGCACGGGGAUGGCUGGGGCAGGGGUCAGCCUGCUCCAGCAGCAGAACCCCCCUGGCACCGCCGAGUCCGACGGUGAGGGCCCCCCCAGGGUGGACUUCGUGGACAACACGAUUAAAAGCCUUGAUGAGAAGCUUCGCAAUUUGCUGUACCAGGAAUAUGUUCCAACUUCUUCAGCAUCAGCAGGGACGCCGGACACCUCUGUGCCACCCGAACAGGGUGAUAGUGAAUUUACCUUAUCCCCUUUUCCUGAAGAGCAAGUUCCUGCCCCAGCGUUGGAUGGGAGAGAACCAGCCUAUAGCAUCCCGGACACCGGCCAGGAGGUGAAAGCUGCUGCUGAGCCGCUGGUGCCCCUCGUGCCCUUGGAGAUCUUGCCUUGCCCACCUCUGUUGAACAAGCUGGAAAUCACUGGUGUGAGUGCUCAUCCCUCAGAGGCAAGAGGUCCAGCCACAAGCAUUGCUUCAGCUCCUGCUGCUCCAGCAAAAGGCCUCCUUCAGGUUGCACCUCCGUCAUCAGGCACAGCACCACAGAUGGAGACUUUCCAGAGGAGCAAGGAGGCAGAGAGGACAACUUCGCCCGCACACGCAGAGAGCGUAAUGCGGCAAGCGACAGCAGAUGGGGCAAUGAGUAACUUCCACAGGGAAGGCUCUCCGGGCUCUGUUUCCUAUGAAAAACAGGCUGAGGCUCAGGAGAGUGGCAUGCCAGCCAAAACCAUUGGCAGGUUUUCAGUCAUCAGCACGCAGGAUGAAUUAACUUUAGCGGCACCACACUGCUUGAGGUUCUCGGCCCCCCCGGACGUGUACCUGGACGAGCUGCCCUCCAGCCCGGACAUGAAGGCUGCUGUCCGCAGGGUCCAGACGGCCUCUUCUGUGGAUGUCCUGUGUGACCAGGCCUCGAGCGACUCUGCCGAUGAGCCCUUCCCGCGGCAGCCCGCAGCUGCUGCGGCUGCACAGCUCUCCCCCCCGAGCAGCAGCACAGCCACGGAUUUAAUCAAAAAAGCAGCUGCUUUUCUGCAGAGGUCUGCCAAAGUUGGCUCCCCUGGCCCAGAGUCGCCCAAUGGGCAAGGGGCGAAGAUUCCUACCAUCAACAUCACGUCCUUCCACUCACAGUCGUCCUAUAUGAGCAGUGACAAUGACUCAGAGUUUGAAGAUGCUGAUAUGAAGAAAGAAUUGCAGAACCUGAGAGAAAAGCAUAUGAAAGAGAUUGCUGAGCUGCAGACGCAGCAGAAGAACGAGAUAGAGGCACUGUACAUUCGCCUGGGGAAACCCCUUCCUCCCAACCUGGGCUUCCUUCACUCUGCCCCACCAAGCAGCCGGCGACGAAGAACCAGCAAAAACAAAUUGAAAGCUGGAAAACUCUUAAACCCUCUGGUCCAGCAGCUAAGGAGCGGAACAUCAAGCACAAGUUACCUUUCAGACUCUAAAGACUCGCCCCACAAAGAAAGCAGUAACUCGCAGCCGGGCUUCCCCGAAGCCGCCGCGGUGCCUCCCGGCGCAGCCCCCGCCUUUGGCAAGGCUGUGCAGACCCAGCAGCCCUGCUCUGUCAAAGCCUCUCUGUCAUCUGACAUCUGCUCUGGCCUAGGCCCCGAUGCAGCCGACGCCAACACAGGCUCUGGCCCAGGCUGGACGGUUUUCCACCAAACGUCUGAGAGAGUGACCUAUAAAUCUAGUAGCAAACCUCGUACCAGAUUCCUCAGUGGACCUGUGUCUUUGUCCAUCUGGUCCACCUUGAAACGACUAUGUCUAGGCAAAGAUCACAGUAGUAGAUCCUCGACCAACAGCCUGGUGACGUGUCCUGAGCCUCUCCCACAGUCAACACUACAGGUUCAGGCCAACAACAGUAACAACAAGAAAGGGACGUUCACAGAUGACCUGCACAAGCUGGUGGACCAGUGGACGAGCAAAACUGUUGGAGCUGCACAAACAAAACCUUCUUUAAACCAACUGAAGCAGAACCAAAAAAGGCAAGACAUGGAGCCAAAGGCUAACCCCAUGCAAACGCAGAAUGAGACAUGUGGAGUAAGUUCAGUAAGGACAGGACUGGGGAGCAAGUGCCCUGUUCCAGUAGCUUGCCCCAUGCCCACAGGAUUAGCUCCUGGAGCUGUGCCAUCCCUGCCAGUGCCCGUGCCAGGGCCUGCCCUGGCUGGCGCAGUGACACCGUACGUGAUGCCUCUCUGUCAGUACGGAGCAGUGUUCCCUUCGCCCGUGUAUGGAGUGCCAUGGCCGGGGCCAGUGGCACAGCCGGGACUGGUCCGAGGGUCCAGCAUUGUGCGCUUCUCGCCACUGGGCCGGAGCUGCCUGCGGAUGUACCCGGUGCCGCUGCAGCGCCCGGCCCGGCCGGCCAGCCCGCGGCUGCGCAUGACCUAGCGUGGGGACCCUGCCACGGGGACCUUGAUGUGGGUGACCCUGUCAGUGGGUGACCUUGCCAUGGGUGACCCUGCCCUGGGUCCCGGUGGUUUUGAUGCCGUCAUGUUGGAGUGCUUGCUCUGUACAUGCCAUGGUCUGUGCGGGGUGAGGUGGGCCCCCGGGCACAGCCAUACCCUGCAUCAGCAAUCACUGUGAGGCGGCAUCACCACAGAUCAUUUGUUGUCGAGGCAAUACCUGCUUCUGUCCAGUUGCUGAAGACACUUUAUUCCUUGUAUUCUGUUUCACACUUGCGAUCCUUAACAUCAUUGUACUUGAAUUGAUAAUUAGGAAAUUGUACUAACCCUGCAGGAGUUCAGUGCCUUGAAUCUCAGCUUUCCAGUCCCAGCUGGAAAGAGAUGUACAAUUAUUUGAAAGGUGUAUUUUAUUUACAAUCUGCUUGUGAGAUGGAGGUCUUUUUAUUUGCAAAGAUAUUGCAAGUUUACAGUUGAUGUUCCUCAGCUUCAUUCUGCUGUAAAUGCUUUGUUUUUAUUCACGGGUUGAAUGUUCAUUUCUGAAGCUUUUAGAAGUAAGAAUUGUGAGGUGAGGUUUGUUUGACAUGCUUGUUUGAUGCACUGAUCAUAAAAUUGUUGGUGUUUGUACGAGGAGUAGUGAAGUGCACAUUGUAAUGUAGGAGCAUUUACAGAGUGAUCCAAGGAAGGUGUAUGCAAGGACUAGGGAACAGCUUUGGGCAGCGCUCUCCAUUCUCCUUCCCAGCCUGUGGUAAAGUAAUUGUAGAUGGCGACUUAAUUCUGUAACAGGCAGCAAAUGCUCUUUUUCCUCUGGAUCAGCAGCACACUGGAUUUCAUUUCCUUUCCCUAUAUUGUGGGCUUUUCUAAUUUAGUUAAAUCACAAGCUCAUGCAUGUUCCAUAAGUGAAGACAAGUAAUGGAACUGUUGAUUCUAGCAAAUCAUAUCUGCAGGUGGCUGUGAGCCCCAUGUGAGCAGAGCACGCACAUGUUCAGGUUCUGCUCUGGCCACUGAGCUUGAGGGCGAUGUCUGGUCCCUGGUGUGCCAGCUGUGUUCAUGCUAAAACAGAAUAAAAAUGUGAAGCUGUUCUUUUUCAUAUCUGACACUUUAGGUUUUGUGUCUCACUGCCUUCUGUUUGGAAUUACUUAUUUAUUUAUUUAUUUAUUUAUUUAUCUUUAUUUUUACCCAAGUUUGCGCUCCAGGUGGCAUGGACACCUCUCUCCUGUUCGAAAGUUGCUUUUUUCCUAUUUUACUGUGCAUAGAGCCUCCACCUGCACUUAGUGUAAAGGCACAAGGUAACCACUAGAGCUGGUUUGCCAUGGUAAGUCUCCUUCCUUCCCUGAGCGCUAUGGACAGCGUUACAGGCACAGGACCCAGGUGUGGGCACACCCUAAGGCCCCACAACAACAUUUUGUAGCCCUCUGCUGAGGGGCAGAGACAUCCUGUGCUGCCAAGCUGUGAAUUGUAUAGUUCUAUUGUAUUUCAAGCAUUAUACCUGUCUAAAUUACUUUGUUUGUACCCUUUGAAAAUAUUAUUCCAUCAAUUCAGUUAGAAUUGAAUUUUAUAGACAAUUAUGCAGAGUCUUCUGCCUGGGCAAAAUACUUACUGCAGUAAGAGAUUUCUGUUCUCUGUACCAUGUAUCUUUAAUUUGUUUGGGUUUUUUAGAUUCAUGUCUGUAUGUUUCAUGAGCAAACAUGGAAAAUGUUCUCACACCGGGUUCCCUUCGGCUCACACUGAAUCCUACAGUUUAUGUCGCUAUUGCCUGUAUAGUCUAUCCCUUGUAUACUGACAAAGUCAGUGGCACUAAAAGCCCCAAGAAAUUGUAUAGAUUAAAAAGAAAAAUAAACAUUUUGUGCUUGAAAAAGG